AUGCGAUCACUAAGCUUAGUUGAUCGUGUAUUUUUUAAAGAUAUAUAUACAAGCAACUCAUGUAAUCUCUGCUUAUACGACGUAGAUAACGAUGGGGAUAAUGAAUUGAUAAUUGGCUCUUGGGAUUCUGGACCCUUAUUGGAAAACGGAGAAGCCGAUGCAGCGAAUAGCGAAGGUUCUGUCCAUGUGUUGAAAUAUAGGAAGGUAUGGAAGGCAGCUUAUCAUCUUGGAAUGGUACUGUGUGUCACAGCAGGUAGUAUAUACAAACCCGAUGAAACAUGGAUCAUAGCUCUGUGUGCUGAUUCACACUGUUACGCAUUUGAUGCCUGCGCUCUCGCUCCAGAAUCUGAAAAUAUUUCAAAUAAAUCUAGACAAAAAAUUAAAGGUCAUGGAUCUUCGAAAACUGAUCAAACUGCAAAACCAGAGGUCGAUACAUUGAAAAUGGUUCAUCAUCAAGAAUUAGCCUACAACGCCAAAGAUGUUUGCAUAUUUAAUGAAGCUUACAAUUGUGCACAAUUGUCCAAAGCACUUCAUUAUCUACUAUAUGAUUUACCUAAACAAAACACUGACCAAUGA